AUUCUUUUAGAAUCUAUCCUUAAGCAUAAACAAAUUGCAAUCCAAGCAACACAACCACAAAUCAAACCUUGCCACUUUCCACUCUCUCUCUCUCACAAAACACCAAAAAUAUACAUCCACACGAAUCCAACAUCAUACCUUGAUCUCAUUAACAAUUUAUCCACAAAAAUCCUAUAUAAACCUUAACACAUCAACCCAACAUAUAUAAAACUGCAUACUCAAAUGGAGAUGGAGGGUCAAACUCAACCUCAAAGGCCCCCACUUCCAGCCCACCAAGCCCACACAAAACCCAUCUCUCGUUUCAACUCCUAUGUGGCGAAAACUAGAGUAGGAAAAUAUUUUAAACUCUCCCAACGUAACUCCACUUUCACCACUGAACUCCGUGCCGGAACCGCCACUUUCCUCACCAUGGCUUACAUCCUCGCCGUCAACGCCUCCAUUCUAACUGAUUCCGGCGGCACAUGCUCUGUUUCCGAUUGUGUUCCUCUCUGUUCAAACCCAUCCAUCUCUACCUCAAACUGUACCGGCCCAUCAUUUCAUCUCAUUCAGCCUGAUAUCUCAUGCAAAUUUGCCCCUGUUAACCCGGGCUACGCCGCUUGUCUUGAUAAAACCCGAAAAGACUUGAUCGUCGCAACCGUGGCUUCUUCCCUCAUUGGUUGCUUCAUCAUGGGUGCUUUUGCUAAUCUCCCAUUAGGCCUUGCUCCAGGUAUGGGCUCAAACGCUUACUUCGCUUACACCGUCGUGGGCUUUCACGGUUCCGGCACUAUCUCCUACCAAAGCGCACUCGCAGCAGUUUUCAUUGAAGGAAUGUUCUUCUUACUCAUUUCAUCAGUCGGUCUACGAGCAAAACUCGCUAAACUCGUUCCAAAGCCCGUUAGAAUAAGCUCCUCCGCUGGUAUCGGCCUUUUUCUCGCUUUCAUCGGGCUUCAAAACAAUCAAGGAAUCGGGCUCGUCGGAUAUAGCUCAUCCACUUUAGUCACACUCGGUGGCUGCCCAAGCUCAUCACGGGCUUCUUUAGCUCCGGUUAUAACUGCCCUUAACGGAACCGUUAGUUUACUCCCAGGUGGAACGGUUUCUGGUGAUAUAUUUUGUCUCCGUGAUAGAAUGGAAAGCCCAACACUCUGGUUGGGCCUGGUGGGCUUUAUUAUAAUCGCGUAUUGUUUAGUAAAAAACGUGAAAGGAGCAAUGAUAUACGGAAUCGUUUUCGUAACAGCAAUUUCGUGGUUUCGAAACACGAAAGUAACGGCGUUUCCUAACAGCGCCGCCGGUGAUUCAGCUCACGAGUAUUUCAAGAAGGUGGUAGAUAUACACACAAUAAAAUCCACAGCAGGCGCUUUAAGUUUUAACAGCAUAGGUAAAGGGUAUUUUUGGGAAGCUGUGGUAACAUUUUUAUACGUGGACAUUUUAGACACGACAGGAACGUUGUAUUCUAUGGCAAGGUUCGCAGGUUUCACCGACGAAAACGGAGAUUUUGAGGGACAAUACUUUGCGUUUAUGUCGGAUGCCACGUCGAUUGUUGUGGGGUCGUUGUUAGGAACUUCACCGGUAACGGCGUUUAUUGAGUCUUCAACGGGGAUAAGAGAAGGUGGAAGAACGGGGAUAACGGCGUUGACGGUGGCUGGUUAUUUUUUCAUGGCGUUGUUUUUUACACCGUUGUUGGCUUCGAUUCCGGCUUGGGCUGUGGGACCACCAUUGAUUUUAGUGGGAGUUUUGAUGAUGAGAUCAGUGGUGGAGAUUGAUUGGGAAGAUAUGAGACAAGCAAUACCUGCGUUUGUGACAAUGAUACUUAUGCCUUUGACGUAUUCUAUUGCAUAUGGGCUUAUUGGUGGGAUUGGUACUUACAUUGUGUUGAAUAUUUGGGAUUGGGGGUUUGAGAUUUUGGGGCACUAUGGGUUCGUUACAAAAACACCAAAGGAGCAUGAUAGUACUAAUAAUUCUCAUUCUUCUCAAGUCAAUGGGGUUGUUCAACUUCAAAAUCAACAUUCUUCGCAAAAUCCAAAUGCUAAAGCACUACAACUAGAAGUACUUUAGUCUAUAGGUUACGUAUUUUUUUGUAAUAAUGUGGUACUACUGUUUUCUUGUUGAUAUUUUUUAUUUCACAUGGUUGGAUUUUUUGUUUAGAGAUUUAUAUUAUUCCGGUGUGAAUACUUGCCAUGUGGCUUUGUCUUUGCGUAUAGUAACACACCUUUGAUUUUUCCUAGGUGGAAAAAUGAAAAUGAGAAACUUACGUGAAGGUCGCUUCCAAACAAUUUUUUUUUUAGAGGAAGGUCGCUUCCAAAUAUGUCUCAAUCAUUACCUCAUACUAUGAAAAUGUUUGGAUUUAUUUG